GUGUUCUAAUUUACAAUUUCUUUGAUUCUUUGUGAAUUUUUCCUUCUAAAGUUGGUCAUAAGCAUGCUUAGUUUUAGUUAUGUUGAAUAUGGUGAUUGUAUUUAGUUGUAUUCAUGAUGCUAAGUGAUGUGAUGUGUUAAUUGAACCUAUGAACUUAAUUAAUUUGUUGUGAUGAAAAGCAUGCUUAAUUAUGACAAGUUAUAUGUAAAAUGUUUGUCAAUUGCUAUGUAAAAUUGGGGUUAUUGGUUGUAAAAAUAAAUGUAAAAUUGGGAUUAUUAGUUAUGAAAAUAAAAGUAAAAAUUGGGAUUAUUAGUUAUAGAAAUAAAUUUAGAAUUUCUUUUCAAAAUGUGAAUAUGACAUUGAUGGAAUGUGUAGAAUUUAAUUGUUGGAUCUGUGAAUUGAAAGUAUGUAAAAUACCAUAAUUUGAAAAUAUGAGAAUGCGAUAUUGUGUGAAAAUUCAUGUUUUAAAACAUGCUUAAAUGAUGCGGAUAAUAUGUAUGAGAUUCUAUGUUGUCAUGGCAUUAAAGGAAUUGCAUAAUUCAUGCAUUGUCAUUGGGAAAGUAAAGGGAAAAGUUUGUUUUAAAAACAAAUGCAAUUAUUUUUGGGGAAAAAGUUUUUCUAAAAGUGUUUGCGAAAACUGGAUGCCUAGGAGGCGCCUAGUGGUCCGUGGUGUUAGUGUAGUCUAGAGGGGAGUAUGGUUGAGCUAAUUAGGCCGAAUGCAACGCUUUGGAGAUGCCUUGUGGUCGUGGAUGGUUAGCCAAUCCUCCUUUCGUGACGCCAUGGAGGUACCUUGGGUCGGAUUACACUAACGGUUUGGAGAUUGAAACAGAAAUGUUUCGGAACAGGGAGUGAUACGCAUGACAUUGCAUUCCAUAGCAUGGCAUGGUUUGUUACGACUUGGACUAUUGUUGUUGAUGUUGUGGUUAUAUUUAUUCCGGUCACGGGAAGGAAGUGGCGGACGACGCUCCUCCACAGGGUUCGAUGGGUUGUAGAAUUGGCAGGAAAUGGAGUAAGAGACAACAAAAAGUAUAGGAUUAUACCAAGGCAUUUGCUGUUAGCUGUAAGGAAUGAUGAAGAGCUUGGAAAGCUUCUUGCUGGUGUGACAAUUGCUCAUGGAGGUGUUCGGUGUUCCUGAUCGAGGAAGCGGGCGGCUUAGCCUGAAACAAAAUUUAAUCUAGGCCAUUUAAGGCUCACUGGGCCGGGUUUUGGUCAUCUAUGGGCCAGGUUCCAGCUUUCUGGAUUGUUUGGCCGAAGGCCCAUGUAAUUUUUCUUCAAUUAAUACAAUUUGCUUAAUAUUAUUUAUUAUUAUUAUUUUUUUAAAAAAAAACCUACUUGUAUCAAA